AGUUGGGAAUUGGGUGGCAAAUCCGCUAUCUUUGCGUAUAUAUACAUAUAUUCAAUUUCCAUAUUACGCAUUGGAUGAUUUCUGAUUUUUCUUACACAUAAAAAAUGAAGAUUGAUGUGGAAGUACUUUCAGAGGAAAUGAUCAAACCCUCAUCCCCAACCCCUGAACACCUUCGUCAUUACCAACUCUCUUUCCUUGACCAGAUUCAGCCCCCAAUUUUCAUGCCUUUGGUCAUGUUCUAUCCCAAAGAAAAUGAUGCUAGCAACUUAGAACGAUGUAACAGGAUAAAACAAUCUUUAUCCAAGGCCUUAUCCAUGUAUUACCCGCUAGCUGGGCGGAUCAAGGACAACGCCUUUGUUGAUUGCAACGACGAGGGUCUUUUCUUUGUGGAAGCUAAGGCUAGUUGCCAUCUUUCUGAUAUUCUUGAAAAUCCAAAUCCAAAUAACCACAACAAGUUCAUUCCUCUUGGGCUUGAUGAUGCCAAUGAGUUACCUGCUAUGGCACAAGUCACUUACCUUGAGUAUGGAGGGUUAGUAGUUUUCUUUGGGAUGUCACACAAGCUCGGUGAUGCCUUAUCGUUUUUCAUGUUCAUUGACUGCUGGGCAGCUUUUGCUCGUGGUGACACUGACAUAAUAAGUCCUAAGUUCGAUUCUGCUACCCUGUUCCCACCGAAGGAUAUAUCUGGAUUCCAGCCCAGGACUGGGAUUACAAAGGAGAAUUUGGUGGCCAGGAGAUAUGUCUUUGAUGCUUCAGCAAUAGCAGCUAUCAGAGCCAAAUAUAUAGAAAACAAAAGCAAAGAUGCCAGGCGCCCGACUCGCGUUGAAGCCUUAUCUGCCUUCAUAUGGAGCCGCUUUAUGGCUGCCACUCAAGAAAAAGUAGAUCAAGGAAAGCUCUACACAGUGAUUCAGGCUAUGAACUUACGUACAAGGAUGGAUCCGCCACUUUCAAAUAACUAUUUUGGGAAUAUCACUAGACCAGCGAUAGCAAUGCCAUCAAUGAACGAGGAAGAUAGACUUUAUGACAUUCUGAAUCAGAUGAGAGACGCAAUUAGGAAAGUGAAUGCCGAGUAUGUGAAGCAGCUUCAAGACACUGAUGAGCACUUGAAUUUCAUCAAAAGCAGGGCUGCAAGUGUAAUGAAGGGAGAGGUUGUCUCCUUCAGCUUCACCAGUUUGUGCAGGUUCCCUGUGUAUGUAGCUGACUUUGGGUGGGGAAAGCCCGUUUGGCUUGGCUCUGCUCGCUUGCCUUUCAAGAAUCUGUGUUCUUUCUUUGAUACCAAAUAUGGAGAUGGAAUUGAGGCAUGGAUCAACUUGAAAGAGGAAGACAUGGGUAAACUUGAAGCUGACAAGGAGUUCCUUUCGUAUGUUUCUCCUACUUCUAAUGUGAAAGUUUCCGGGUUUUAGGUAUAGAAAAAGGUAAUCAAAAGUGGUUUCAUAGGCACUGAAAUCUGAAAAUCCAAUGGGCCAAACAGAAAAAUAAAAAGUUUAUGGUACUAGUUUAAUUUAUCAUUUCUUUGUCUGUAAGUGUGAAAAAGUUUUUAUUUUAUCUCUUAAUUUCCUAGUUUCUUGUACUUGUACUGUUGUGUUUGUUUCUAAAUGAAAUUCUUUAUGUUUUCAUUUUCCAUCAACGUCAAUUAUGAGACUCUUGACUA